AUCCUAGCAGUGGACGCCAUUUUGAUUUGAGUGACGUGGUUUCCGGACAGUCUUGAAGAAAUCUUGAAACAUCGGUGCAUUCUUUAUAUUUGUAUUGACCAUAACUAUAAUAGAGAGAGACUCCGUCCUGAACUCCGUCCAGACUUGCAGUCAACAUGCCUUAUGGAGCAUACGAUGAUCCGUCAAUUUUCAAAAGGGCCAUGUUGUUCAUUGUGAUCGGAAUCUCAUUAAGCGUAGCUGGUAUUAUUGUUAUAAGCGUUGCGAUCGACUUUUUUUACAUCGCCGGAUGUAUGAUAUUUGGAGGUGUUGUCAUGAUCGGUAUUGGGGCUGUCGCUGCACACAGGUACCAGACAAACAAAAACCGAGUUCAGACGAUUGCUCACAAAGAAGCCACACAGGGUACUACAACACAGCGCAUUGAAUAUGGACAAGGGGCUCACCUGCCUGCGUAUAGUGGGCCACCAGCUCCCGCAGGCGGGUGGCAGAACGAUCCGUACCCGCAAAGCUACCAACCUGGUCCGCCAUUGCCUGGUACUCCGAGUCUGCCAGCCUAUGGACAACCAACCGCGCCACCGUACGGACAAAUGGAAUAUGGACAGACAGACCAACCAGCAUAUGGUCAGCCAUCGUAUGGACAGUCGCCACCGCCCACAUACGGACAAGCAGUGAGUGAUCCGUAUCAGCCAUACACUGGCCCACCACCGCCAUAACACCAUGUGCGUGGAUGACAGACUGGACGAUUUACAUGAUCCCUAACGUCACGAUGACAUUGGAACCCUGAGCUAUCUUUUGAAGUGUGUGCAGUAUGAACUGAUUCUACAUACGAUGCAUAGAAGGCACAGCUUACGGACAUUGUCAGAAUCGUAUAUCCGUCAGUUGUUCAGUUUGCAGAAAUCCUGAUUAUUUUAAUACAGCUUUCUGAACGCACUAUUUCUGUGUAGAAUAUCUUAGUCGUGUCAUCGAAUACAUGCUUUGCCGUCCAGGGUGUUGCUGACGGAAUGUUCUCGAAAAUGUUGGCACAUUAAUUAGCAGCCGAUAGUUGCCGUUAUUGUAUUGAAAGACAAAGUGAGAUGCAUUAUGGGAAUUUGAACUUCACGGGUCUUGGCAUAUUUCUUGUCAAAAAGUUUGAGUAGUUUCUUUAAAGUUUAAAACUGAGCUGAACAAAUUGCAAUGUAAAUAAUUAUUAUACAUAUUAUAUUAUUUA